AUGGAUAAAGCAACUUUCCCUUUCCGACUUCACAAAGUUAUUGAAACAGUAAGUGAGAUAGAUGAGGAGGCUAGCAUUAUCUCGUGGACCCCGGCAGGGAGAACCUUUCGGAUCCAUGAUCUCGAUGCUUUCAAGACGCAAAUAUUGCCAAAGUACUUUCCAAAACAAAGCAAGUACAAGUCUUUCAGGCGACAACUACAGUACUAUGGUUUCUUCACAAUGGGAUGGAAUCACUUUUGUCAUCCUAUGUUUGUCAGAAAACACCAGGAACUGCUGGUCCACAUCAAGCACAAGAAGGCCACCAAGAGUUCAGGUGCGUUGCAGCAAGGGGAUCAGAAGAAAUUGCUAUCAAUGAUCCCCGCCACACCGUCUCCAAUGGAGAAAACUGCAUGCCCAGCAUCGUCACAGCAGCAAAGGGCACAAUACAUGUCACACGCAAGGCAAAAGACGCUGGAACAACAGGAGCCGGAACAACAAGAGCUAGCUCUGCAGAGGCAGAAGACUCCCAUUGCCUCUGAGCCAGGAGGAGACACACCGAGUGUAACACGCUAUGCUCACAUAUCAAAUACUGUACAAUCUUUCGAGGCUUCUUCAGUCAACAAGGGCCGCCCUUUGCCACUUCAAGCACAGAUAACUCCUUCUCCCUCGAAUAGCAUAAUAGGGGCUAACCAUGAAGCUCUGGCCCCAAGAACAGAGCAGCAGGACCUCCUCGCUCUCCUUCAUCAAUCCCUUCCCCAAAGGAGUGGGUACGUGGUGCCUCGGACCAAACUACAGGCAGCAUUUAUGCAACAACGGGACAUCAUGGAAUCCAACAUGAUGAACCAUGCGCUACUGAUGAGUGCUAGAACUGAUUCCGAUUUCAUUGAACUGGCCCGAUUUCAGCUAGGCCUUUAG